UUUGCUUUUUUGGAUUGUGUGAAUGCUUCAUUCGCCUCACAAACAACCACAGAACCACAAGUGCGGUGCAAACUUUCUCCAGGAGGACAGCAGAGAAGGCUCUGGGUUUUAAAUGGUUAAUCUCCGCAGGUCACUACCAGCCACUGAGACCAACAGAGUCAUUUGAGGAUCCAAGAAGUAUUUACACCAGGAGGUGAAAGCUCUGCGUGAAACGAGAGGGACUAUGGCAUCAAACAGCCUGUUCAGUUCGGUGACACCAUGUCAGCAAAACUUCUUUUGGGAUCCCAGCACCAGCCGGAGGUUCAGCCCCCCCUCCAGCAGCCUGCAGCCCGGCAAGAUGAGCGAAGUCAGCCCGGUCGUAGUAGCCCAACAGCAGCAGCAGCAGCAACAGCAGCAGCAGCAGCAGCAGCAGCAAGAAGCGGCGGCCGCCGUGCCCAGGCUGCGCCCCCACGAUAACCGCACCAUGGUGGAGAUCAUCGCUGACCACCCCGCCGAGCUGGUCCGCACCGACAGCCCCAACUUCCUGUGCUCCGUGCUGCCCUCGCACUGGCGCUGCAACAAGACCCUCCCGGUGGCAUUCAAGGUGGUGGCCUUGGGAGAAGUGCCUGAUGGGACCGUGGUCACUGUCAUGGCUGGAAACGAUGAGAACUACUCUGCAGAGCUGCGAAACGCUUCUGCCGUGAUGAAGAACCAGGUGGCCAGAUUCAAUGACUUACGAUUUGUGGGAAGAAGCGGAAGAGGGAAGAGCUUUACUUUGACAAUAACUGUCCUGACAAAUCCCCCCCAAGUCGCUACAUACCACAGAGCUAUAAAGGUUACAGUGGAUGGGCCAAGGGAGCCAAGAAGGCACAGACAGAAGCUUGAUGACUCUAAACCUAGUUUGUUCUCUGAACGCCUCAGUGAUUUAGGGCGCAUUCCUCAUCCCAGUAUGAGAGUAGGGGUCCCGACCCAGAGCCCACGGCCCUCUCUGAACUCUGCACCAAGUCCUUUUAAUCCACAAGGACAGAGUCAGAUUACAGACCCCAGGCAGGCACAGUCAUCCCCGCCGUGGUCCUACGACCAGUCUUACCCAUCCUACUUGAGCCAGAUGACUUCACCGUCCAUUCACUCCACAACUCCCCUGUCCUCCACUCGAGGCACAGGACUUCCAGCCAUCACCGAUGUGCCCAGACGCCUCUCAGUUUCCUGGGAGGAUAAAAACCAUAUUCAGACUUUACACUAUGGAGAAGAAGCAUCUAUUGAGAAGCAUUCAGCGUUGGGCUGGUUGGAGCUUCAGCUCAACUUAUGAAUGGAAACGCUGUGUGGACAAGCUUAGGAUGGGUUGUAACUUAAUUUGCAGUAGCUUUCCGUAACUUGGUAAAAAAACUCAGGUCGGCUUUGAAAUAAAUGAAAAAAAAAAUACACAGAGGGUUUUACACUGAUUUUACAACAUGAGUUUGAAAAUCACAAAUUGUUAAAGUGAUGCAAUGCUGAAUAGAAAAAGGGAGUCAGUCCCUGAUACACAAAGGUGUCCAGCAGUGGGCACAGCACGUUGGGUCAGUGCCGCAGCGCCCCGUGGGGCUCCUUUGCAACGUGCAAGCACUCCCUUAGCCCCCCUGAAUUCCUUCGACCACUGGGUCUGAGCCACGCUGAUGGACCUGAAAAUCUUAUCAAGGCUUGACCUUACAGCUGUUGGUGGUACUUAGGGGAAAUGUGGUGUUCCCACCAGUCCCAGCACUGGAAGGAAAAAACCUCACCGUCUCUGGGCGAGUUAUUUUCCACUGCUUUCACUCCAACAGCCUGUUUUGCCCGGCAUUAAAAAUCUUACCCUAAGAUGGCAAUGCCUGCCCAGUGUCUUCCCUAUAAUUUCUCCGGUAUCCAGAAGCUCUCCAUGUGUUAAGCGCUCUAAUCAGCCUCAGAGCUGCUGCUCUUGUGGUCUUCCGCAUAGCUCCCGCUCGGAAAACAAGCGGUGGCUUUCAGCUGCCUUCCUACAGGGCGAGGUGUGUCUGCUCGCCCUCCGGAGACAGGGGCUGUGUCCCGGGGAGGAGGAAAGCCAGCGUCGUGGCCUUAGAAGUGGGCAAGGACUGAGGCUGGGGACAUCUCCUGAAAAAGAAAAAUAUAUAUAAUAGUUAUUUUGGAGAAGAGCAUGUUUUGUGUUGUUUAGAUGAGGAGAUUUUGUCUUCUGUAAAUGUCUGGGGGCUGGGGAGAUGCCUUUUCUUCCUCUGUGUACAAUAUUGUUUAGUUCAUGUCAGAAGGGAAAAAACUGGUCUAUCUAUGUCCGUGAAGUUAAGGGAAUUUUUUGGCAGCAGCGUAACAAUUUGUAGGGUUUGAUUUUUCUCUGGAAAAAAAAAAAAAAAAAAAGCAUUUUGAGAACAAGGCCUGGGUAACCAAAAUAUGUUUGUUUUUGUUUAAGGCACUCAGUAGAGAAAUCUUCUCUUGUCUAUUGUUAAGAGCGAGGUCUAAAUCAAAGGAAAAUUCUACAUAUUCUAAAAUAUACAGACACCGCUUUGAAAGCAAAGCCAAGCAAAACUUUAAAAGAGACCUUCUCCUUGAUGCAGAAGUUUCGAGUUAGUUUACUGCGCCGGGCUCCAGUGGAAAGAACAGCCUGAGAAACAAAUCGCAAAUCCACUUCUGGAGGCGGAAGUGGCGGAGAGCAUUGUAUUAAUAGCACACAAGACCUUGCCACGGCGUUUCGAGUCCAGGGCUGAGCAGCAGCAGCGAGGAAAGGCUUCGCCGCUCGUGGGGAUUUUGUUUUCUAAUUUCGCUCGGGAAGGCUUCAGCCAGCUCCAGACGGAGGGAGCUGAGGGCCUGAUUCUCUCUUGUUGGGUGGUCCCUCCUCCCACAAAUAACCCUAUUGAAAACAGAGGGACUAUUUGUGGAGUAAUUUGUUUGUCAGGAAAAGUAGGGGUUGUAGGAUACGGCCCCAAUUAGCAGCCAAAUUCCUGGUUAUUUUCUCGUGAUAAAAACGCAGCGAGCUGUCGUAGAGAUGCACGUCACAUCUCUCCGCUGGCCGUUUGAACUCCUGCCACUUGCUCCGUGCUCCUUCCCCCGUGCUUCCCACUUCCUCACCAUCCCAAACCGGUCCCAGCAUCACGCUAGCUCGGUCGAGAGGUCUGCUUUCCCCCCUCCGGGGGCCGUGCCGUUUGGGAUGAGCAGGGCGCUGCAGGGACCGUCCCUUGCAGCCAUCAGCAAGGGCACCUGGGGGCCGGCCCUGAACUCUGCAGCCCCACCGCAGGAGCACGCGAGGCCGGCGAUGUACAUCAUCCCAACACCACCUCCGAACACCCACCGCAUCGUCCCAGCCAUAAAUCCCCAUUUUUAAUACAACCCACGUACGACCAACCCUGCUCCAGGGGAUGUCCCUCCUGAACGCAGCCGUUCUCGGGAGAUUUCCUUAAUGAACACUUCACCACCAGCUUCGGAAAGGCUUUUAAUUGCAUUUUAAUGUUAUCAAAGGGCAGGCUCCCUGCCUGUCCCACGCCAGCUCAGCACGCCCGGUGCCGGCAGGGAUUUCGGGAGCUGCGGGGCUGCCGAUAGCAGCGCCGCUGUUUGGGGGCGGGAGAAGCGCUCGUGGUAUUUGUAUUUUUUGUGGCUCCCUGUUUUGGUAGCCAUAAGUCAUUAGUGGUUUUUAAUUUUUUUUUUUCUUCUUCCCUUGCAACUGAAAUAAGGGCUGAAAGGGUAGAUUUGUCCUUCUUUUUCUCUCUUUUUUUUUUUUUUUUUUUUUUUCUGGCUAAUCUGAGGCACGCUGCCACAUCUGAAGCCACUUGGCUCAUUAUGGAUUUCAUGGAAACUGAUUCCCUGAAAGUGUUUCCAUAUGUGUGUUCCCAAUAUAUCCCAUCCUCUUCUAAAUGGGAGUACAAACUCGCACACGAGCUGGAAAUGGCUUCAGGAUGUGACAGAGAAGUCAUAUGACUGGAGUGGCACUGUGUGUGGCCCUUUCUGAAAGACACGGUGUCCUGUGUGCUGGCUCCCAUCCUACGGUAGAUCCAGUUUCAAAGAAUAUCUUCCUUCCCGGAUUCUUAAAAGCUCUUAAUCAAGAAGCAGCAAGAGAUCCUCUGUCCUUCGUCCUCAGGAGGGACGUGUAUUAUUUGAACGGGGCUUGAAAAGAGAGUUGGGAUGGGGAGGAAAAAAAGGGACUUAAAGGGUGAAAUUACAGAGAAAUGCCAAGGGCUUCCCCCCCCGCCACCCACCCCUGCAAAACACAGUUUCUUUGCGUCUGCUCGAGGAUCAGAUGGUAUUUCUGAGUUGCUAGCUUGCAGUGGAAAAGUACAAUUCAUGACAACAUUGGAAACAAAUAUUUAUACUGGAUAGUUAAGGCACAUUUUUCUGAAAAAAAAAAAAAAAAAAAGAAAGUAAUGAAGUCGACUGCUAGCCCCAAUGUAUAUUAUCUUCCCAUUCACUGGGUUUGUGGAGGAUUCUUCUGCUGACGGUCUCCAUUACUGUACAUUCAUCGCAGAUCUCUCAGCCCUGUGGUUUCACCCCCUUGAUGUAUACAACUCUGCUUAGGUUGCUAUCCAAGAAAAGCCUCAAAUGUUCCCUCUGAUGCCUUUCGUCUGGGGCUUGCGAAAACCGGCAGCGGCUGAAAUUCAGGCAGGAAAAGUUGGGGAGAAGUGAACGGCGAGCGGUGCGCGCCUGCGUGCCUGUGUGUUGUGUGCCGUGCAGCGUUGCAGAGCUGCUAAAGACUUAUUUCAAGGAAAUGUGAUUUGCUUCUUGCUUCCAAAGUAAUGCGUAGAUGGCGUGAGACUUUAAACAAGCUUUAAACAAUAUUACCAAUUCCUUUCCGCAUGAAUCACCCGAGACUGAAGUCACUGAGGUGAGGUAGCCAUGACGGAGGGGUUCAGAAGCUCCCCGCCAUCCACGACUUGCAGGCCACAACCACAAGCCAAGGACGUUUUUCUUUAAUAUGACAUUUUGUCCCCCUCGUGUGGUUCUCCUGAGAGAAGUGUGUGAUUCCUGGCUAAGUGAAGCUUCACGAGUGGCAGCAUCUUUAAACGAGACACAGGUAACUCGGGCUUUUGCCUUGCUGCUCCCAACAGCCCAUCUAAGGGUGCUUUUUUCUGCUCAAGGGAGCAAUUUCUACCCAUUCAUACAGCUAAAUUUAAGACAAGCUACUUCUUGAGGUACAGACAGCAGCGACCUGUGUUUGGGCACGCAGUGUGACCCAGCAAGGCUUAGGUGCUUACAGAACAUCACCUCCUUUCUGCGCAGUUCAUCCAGGCCAACCGAGUCCAGCUCCCAUGGUGGAGCCCAGGCUGGAGAAGUGCAGAGACCCGUUUUUACAUUAAGCAGUGUAACAGCUCGGCCUGGGAAACGCUCUCCUUCUGUUGCACGAGUGGUUCUUUAAUGGUCGAUGCUAAUUACGUUAUUUAUGGGGUGUUUCUCCCAGCAAAGAGCUUAGAUGCCGCACCGUAAAUUCCAUGAAAAUAUCUAUCUGUAAGUUAAUCCGUGGCAUCUGAGGUGCCAAAGGCCUGCUACCUAAAUACCAGGAGGCACGGGUUUAGGUGUGAGCUAAGGUGCAGAGGGACAGCCAGAGGAGAUGUGCUAGGUUUAGGUUCUCAUGUGUUGUGUGCGAGGCUCUGAAGGGGUUAAAAUGUUCCCUCCUUGCCUGACUUUUGUGAGACUGCUGUGCUUAAUAAUGCUGCAGUUUAAAUGGUCCCAACUAGGCCUUGAAGUUAACACCUUGUUGAGGUGAAGGAAAGAGGAGGGGGGCCAGUUCACACCUUUCCUGCUGCUAUUGUUUGCAGGGAGACCUGCGAGGUGGGAAAAAAAAAUGCAAAAAAGAAGGACCUCCCCUUCCCCCCCUAUUUUUUUCUGAGUGUUGAAAUUUUUGUUGAAUUAAAGGGCGGGAAAGGACAUUUGAAAACCCCCCAUUUCCGACCUUAAAAGCUUGCAAGCAUUCAAACAAAGCACAGUCAACCCAAAAGUUGACCAAAAGUGGGUGGGCAGGGCUCUGAGUGCUAUUUCGGUGGCGCUGCGUGACCCUUGGAGCACGUAGCCACAUGCGUGGGAGGAGUGUCCCUGAGCUCGGGCAUGGGGCUUGCAUUUGUAGGAUUCAGGGACUAACAGCAGUGGCAAGGAAUGGAUGCACGAGGAAGUGGCUUGGGCUCCCUGGGAAUCGCAGUCCCAGGCUCCAUCCCACAGCUGCAUCCAGAGGCUGGUACAGAGCCUUUGGAGAACCAAAGACUGACCUGGAAGGAGCCAGGAGCAGGAUCGUGCUGUGUGUGAUUCACUAAAUGCGUAUUCACGGAGGCAGGUGACAAGAAUUUAACAAAAUGAAGAGCGAAGUAAAACUCUUCCCCCGAUGGAGGAGGAUACUUGGAGUAACAGCUACCGAAAAAUCACUACCCCGUGCAAACACAUCAGGAAGAAUUCUGGAGGUUGCAAAACUGAGUGCUCAGAAAUUGGGAAAUGUCAGUGCUUAGAUUGCCCGUGCAACCUUAAAUCAGCCUCAUUCUGCUUAUGCAUUACAUUACAGAUUUUAAUUACAGGAUCACAUGAUACUUUUCCCACGGGAUUCCUGCCUCAUUCAGUGCGCAGGAUGGACAGUGCUAACUUAAUGAGCAGCUCUUCAAUAUUUUUUUUUUCUUCUUGUUCUUUGCAUUUCCCCAGGCUUUGCUUAUUGUAGAGCAUUAAAUUUUUCUCUGAAGAAGGAAUUCUUAAUUUCUUGAUGGGCUUUGCUCUAAUAUUUCUACCAUGGCAUUUGUAUGCUGUUCGUUGCAGUGUAAUAGUCCCAAGAAUUAAAGAACUUGCUUAAAAAAGAGUACCAAGACUGACCGUUAAGGUGUAAUGUAAUUCAUUCCCCCUUUUUGUGUCACCUACAGCAUGACUUUUUUUCUGCAUUUAACCUGAUGUUCAAACCUGAGCUCCUGUUGGCUUCAGCUGCAGCUGUGAACGUUUAGCACACGUGCAAAUCAGGAGCCAGCAUCUUUGCUGGGCACAGAAACCAAGGAAAGGACUGGCAGUCACCACCUGUAAAAAUGUGAUUUAAAGAGAUUUCGGCUGAGGCACGCAGGAACAGUGAGGCAGAAACACGCAAAAAGUCCAGUUUGCUCAGAAAAAUAGUCAGGUCUCCCUGGUCUUGUUCCCCUUUCUAAUUUCUUAGAAUUAAUUAGUGGGUCUGGGAGAUAGAUAGACGGCUUCUUUAUUACACAGCUCUGAUACUUGUCCACGGAGGUCUGCUUGUGUGCUGCCUGCAGGAGGGAUCGUGUAAAAGCAAUAGCACGCUCCCCUGUGAUUCAGUGCUGUCUCAAAAUGCAUACGGAGAAGUAACUUCAAUGCUGAUAUUUCCAACCUUUCUCACUCUUCACAUGCUGACCUUAAUGAUAAUCUUUUGUUGGUCCCUGGCUUUGUGUAUAGUUUUUUAAAUUUCAAAAAAAAAGCAAACCCCAGAUAUCCCCGCCUUCCCAAAUUUUCCAUGCAAUAUCACACAAACAUCCACGCGGACCAUCAUUUAGCUCCUUUUAUGCUGGUUUCUGCCGUUCCAGCUCAUGGAGCAGCCGGUGGCAGUCAGGGACAGAUUCUUGGUCAGGACUGUUGUGAGUUGGGGUAGGGAUGUCCCCGUGUGUCACCAAUACUUACCAGCAUUUCAGAAAAUAAGACUCAGGACUCCUCAAUUUCAUUCCAGUCUCUGGACAAGUGUCUUUGUAGGGACACAGUGUCUCCUGCCCAUUUUAGGCAGAAUGCUUAUAAUUUGUUCGUAUUUAGCUGGAUUUUCGUGGCAACAUCUCACACAAAAGCCACUCCUAUUCCAAAGUUCAAGUCCUUACUUCAAAGCAUGGAACUGGUACAGCUUUUCAAAGGGAGACUUCUCAGAGUUUAAGAUUAGUAAAACAAUAUAUUUUUCCCAGCAGAAGAGUUUCAGCUGAAAUUUUAAAAACAAAUAAAUGCAUAAAUCACAAUUUAGCCCGAGACAGACGCCCAGCAUGGACAAUUUCAGCCAGAACAUUUAAAGUUUGGCAAAGCUGUAUGAGACUGAAAAUCGUCUCAUAAUGUGAAGUGUGUGGCAUGCUUCAUACCAGGCGAUUUUAUCAGCUGUAAGUAGUCCAAGCUGCACAUACAAUUCAUAGACAUAGAUGUUAGGGAAGGAAAAAAAAAAAAAUCUGUGGUAGAAUAAUUAGAGCUACAUCCCAGCCUGAAUCAAACGAAUGAACAAAAAAAGUAUAAAAUCUAGUAUCUACUGCAUAAGAUUUAGCACGGAAGUUCCCCAGAAAACAAGCGGAUCAUUUAGCUGCUGGUAAAUAUUUAUGGAACUGAAUUUCCUUGAGACGGUCUGUUCAGUGACUUCAAAAUACCACAACGCUCUGUCUUCUUGCGUCUUGUGACUACGCAUUGACCUGACGUGCUAGACAUUUCCCUGUCAGACAUAUAAACCAAGGGAUCCUUUGUCUUUUUGCUAAUGACUUUAUAGCAUAAAACGGCAAAGGAAAUUGCAGAAAUGACAAAGAAAUUGCAAUAUUUGUUAGCUACAGAGUUAUCCUACAGCCCUUUAAAGCUGACGUCAGCUUGCUAUGCCCACAAGGAGUUAAGCUGUCCACAGGACAUUAUGAUCUUUAAUAAUUGGAAGUGAUUGGCCAAAGUGCUGUAAACCUGGCAGAAAUUUGUUGCCUUGUUUUCUGCAAACCACAAGCACAGCGUAUUAAUUGAGAAAGGAACGUUAACUGGCAUUAGCUGGCAUCUGUAAACUGAAAGAGAGAAAGGGCCACGGCACUCGCUCGGCUCUGAGCAGCAGAGCUGCAAAGCUGCCACAGGUAAAAUUGUCUUUUAAAGGCGAAUGCAAAACUAUUUUAGUCGGCUGUUGGCAAAUCCCCAAGUCUAGGGUUUUUAAUGAGGCUUCUGCAUCAAAAUAAGUGAAACCACAUGGAAUUUUAAUUGUUCUUAUUCUAAAUAUGAAACACACUGGUGAAGUAUUCUUGAAUCUAGUAUCGGAGCAUAUAUAUUGGCACAUUAACAUUACCACGUUUCUGCUCUAAGCAUGUAUCUCUCAAAAAACCUGAGUACCGGGUUACCUUAGAGAGGAAUUUAGAUUUUAAAAAGGUUUACCCUGUGCUCCUUCAGAGGUAAAGGUUUUGUAUGUGAAAGACAUUUUGGUUUUGUGUUGUCGAACGCUGCAAAUUGAUCAGCUUCCGAGGGGAAAAGGAGAUCUCUCGCUGUGCUUGUUGUCGUGUUUCUCUUUCGGGCGGCAUGGAAGAAAGGCGAUUCUUUUUACACCAGUGUGGUUUCGCAAUUUUGCAGCCACGGUGUAGGGCGGAGGAUCUGCACUUUACCCGUUUAAUAUACGCUAUCACGAGAGUGGGAAUGCACAGAUGCAAAUUAUUUUCUUGCUCUGACGGUGGAAAAAUUAGCAUAAAUCUUUAAUCCUGCUGGGGAGAGGAAUAAAUAAAUUAUUUACUUGCGCUGUCAUGUUACUAUAUCGCUCAUCAACACUGCUGCUUGUGUACGAGCAGAUAUACAAAGAUGGGUGCCGUACCCAGAAAAGCUGCUUGUGUUCCCAGUCCAGCAAAGAGCUAACCAUGCAUACAUGAAUAUGCAUCUGGUGUUUGCAAGUUAGUACCAAAAUCAACCCUCACACAAGAGAAGGAGGGAGCCCAGAGAAGAGGGGGAAGAGAGAGGGUGAUACAGCAUCAGUGAGAUUGCCGAGCAAUGAGGAUGGCAAGAAGCUGACUUUUAGAGAGCACUUUUUCAAUAGUUUCCAGCCUCAGUUAGAAAAAGAGGUUUUAGAAUAUGAAUCAUAGAAAACUUCUGCUCUCCAAAAAAAAUAUCUUUACGCAAUGGAGGUUCAGAAGGCUGAGGGAUGAACAAAACCUGUUGCAGGGUGUUAUGAAAAUAGAAGGAGACAGUUGGGCGAAAGAGGGGUUGGAGACCUGAGUGUGCGGGAGUGGUGCAGACACAGCCAUGAGGGAGAUAAGAAAGGGCUAUGGUUAUUUCGCCUUUGGGUAAAAAAAUAGGAUUGUGCUUUGCACAAGCAGCAAACAGUAAAAACAAACAAGCGUGAAUUUCCUAAGUAUGUAAGGAGGUCUGUAGCCCCACAUUAGAGAUGCUUAAAUGCGGUGUGCACAGUCCUGGUCACACAGGACAUGCAUGAUCUGUGGGCAGCAUCCAGCUGAAUAAUGUUUGGAUCUAGCCCUGAAAAAGAGAUUGGCUUUCAAUGUGUAAAAUUGUGUGGAUAGUAUUGUUAUUAAAAAAAAGAGAAUUAUCAGCUGCAAAGAAACCAAAAAUGCCAAUGCUCUUCUACACCCUUGCACUCAUAACAGGUCUACCUUUGAUUAUAAAAGUCUUGUUUAGCUUCUAUUGGGGUAAACUAAAAGCAACUCUGUUCAUGUUGGGAGAGUUGCAAUAACAAUUAAAAAGAAAAAAAGGGGGGGGAGAGUAAGCAGUAGCAGAUUGAAACUCAGUAUUUUGAGCAGCUGGGGAAAUUAUGUUCUAACCUUAUAUUUCCAGAUACAUAUCAGACCUGUUCACAAUAUACAGGAUAGUGUUCCAAAAUUACAGCUUUGAAUCUGGGUGGUAUCGCCUCUGGCUAUUGUUUGCAGUUGGGAACGAAAGAAGUUGCAUCAAGCAGCGGAGUGUUUGCUGUAAAGGUACAAGUUAUAUUACAUUCCACGCUGCUGUGGUUUCAGGGCUUGAUGAUGGAGACAGACCCAUUCACCCCUAGGUCACUGAUUCGGUUCCAGAUAAAGCUAAUAGUAAUCACAUUGUCAUCAAGAGUUAAAAACGGGCGUUUACUGCCCAUGUAAAGCUCCGUGCUCGCGGUAUCUCGUGAGACGGCGCGUUAUAAUCCCCAGGUUUCAAGCUGUGGGAGUCGGGCUCCUGGCUGGCAGCGGCCCAGCUCCUCCCGUCUGAAUCCCGGCUGUGCCUGAGCUUCGCCCCGCUGCCGCUUAGAUAUUGUCUGAUACGGCCUUGAAUUGAUGGCGUAGGCUAAGUGGGCUGGCAGAACCAGGGAGAAUUGUGGUUUAAGUCACAAAACGCCACCACACAAGGUGGCAGGGGCUGAGUCUCUUGCACACGCUGAUGUCUGCAGCUCAGAUCCCAAGCCCGUCUGCAAGGAGGAGCAGUGCCGCAUCCUGCACUGGGCUGUGGGGGGUGUUCCAGUGCUUAGCACAUCAGUUUGGCACCUACAGGACCCUGCGUUUUCCUUUAAAGCAAAUCAGAUUCGGCAACUUGGCGAGAGGUGGAUCUGAAGGCUCGUAAAGCUGUAGACGUGUCAGCUGGGAAGCGCAGAGGGAGCCCAUUUGGCGUCGUGGGUUUUUUCCUUUCAUUAUACCCCGCUCUUUCCAUCCUUCUGUAGAUAUGUGUAUAUGUACCUACUGCAUACUGGCUGAAGCAGUUGCCUCUGUUCUGCACUGUACUUUUCCACCGGGCUUUUUCUAUUUCUCUUUGUCCCUUUUCCCACACCCUUUAUGUUUCCCCGCUUCUCUGGCUCGCGGCGCAAGCUUCCACCAACCUUUUUUCUGCUCUUGUCCACCCCGUAGUCUCCUAAGCAGAUCACCAAGCUGCUAACGUUUGCUUUCCAGUUCUGCUCCUAAACUUUGGCCGUUUGAUGUGGGAUUAGGAAUUAGGCAAAAUGAGUUUACCCAUCCCUGUUUUGUGUUAGAAUCAAAUUCACAGUGUUACCAUCCAGACGUUUACAGUAGCCAUAAACUGUGUGGUCUUUUUUUUUUUUUUUCAACCAGACUGCGCAGGCUAUAUAGGAAAACAGCUUCUUUCAAUAGCAAAGUGAGUACUGGGCUUGUAAUUUUCCACAGACUGCCCUGCAAAGUAAAAUUUGCAUCUUUGCUAUCAGCUCAGUGGCCUGGCCCAGUUUGAAACCCUUCAGACGCAGCAAAUGCCGUUUGUCAGCCCUCACCUAAAUAAGUCGCUUCAAGGCAAGAAGCGGGGCUCGGUCACCCCCGGUGUAACUCCACUGGUGUCAGUGGUGCAGCUCACUCGGUGUUGCCAACUGCCGUACGUUUAUUACAAGUUGCACGAUAAUUGCCCUUUUUACCCCAAACCCCAGCUCCCAGAGGCGCGUGCUGAGGUGGGAACCCCAGCUUUUCGCAUAAAACCAGACCUCGGUUUCCAGAGAGGCCACAGCAAACAGCGGGAUCCACGCGACCCAAGCGCACCCUCAAAGCUCAGAAAGCAGAAGGCAAAUCAAAUACAAGUCCAUGUUUCUAUUUUUGGCUCUUUUUCAAUCUCUCGAUUUUUGGGAUUUUUUUUUUCCGGGCCUGACUUGUGACCUUGGAACGCUUUGGGUUGGCAAUGCCGCUCCCUCCAUUGGCAUCAGGGGAAUCAGACCAGGGAUGAAUUUGGCCCAGCACUUGUAGAAGAGAGGUGUAUGACUCUGUUCCUUGCAAUGUGUUAUUUGAUAUGAUCUGCUGUUCUUUUGGGGGCCAAAAGAAGUGGGUUUUCUUUAAAAAAAAU